UGUCAACUGAUCCCGCUUCUUCAUACAGCAUCCUUUGCCAACAUGGUGUCAACACACCCCCUCUGUGUCUCUGCAUUGUUUUAUGUGGCAGCUCGAGGACACAAUUUAUAGCCAGAAGCAUCUCAACUUGUUUCUUGCAGCCAUGUCUGACAUAGAAGAGGAGUACGAGGAUCAGGCAGAGGAGGAGGUGGAGGAGGAAUUGCCACAGGAGGAAGAGCAGGAGGAAGAAUAUGAGCGGUACCAUGAGCAUGAAGAGGAGGAGGAGGAGCAUGUGUAUGAGGAUGAAACAGAGAAAGAACGUCCCAAACCAAAACCACCGGUAGCUCAAAUUGCCCCUCCAAAGAUUCCAGAAGGAGAUAGAGUUGAUUUUGAUGACAUCCACAGGAAGCGAAUGGAAAAAGACAUGUUGGAGCUGCACACGCUGAUCGACGUCCACUUUGACCAAAGGAAGAAGGAUGAGGAGGAGCUUAUUGGGCUCAAGGAGAGAAUUGAACGUCGUCGCUCAGAGCGUGCGGAAAUCCAAAGAGUGCGAGCCGAGAAGGAGAAGGACAGACAGAAUAGGAUUGCGGAGGAGCGUCAGAGGAAAGAGGAGGAGGAAGCCAAGAAAAAAGCUGAUGAUGACGCCAAGAAGAAGAAAGUACUCUCUGGCAUGGGGGGCAACUUUGGAGGCUUCCUGGCCAAGGCCGAGUCGAGGAGGGGCAAGCGUAUGACUGGCAGAGAGGUCAAGAAGAGGACCCUGGCCGACCGGCGUCAGCCCCUCGACAUCGACAGCAUGAGAGAGGACUCCCUCAGACAACGAGCCCAGGAGUUGUGGAACUGGAUCUACCAGCUGGAGUCUGAGAAAUUUGACUAUAUGGAGCAUAUAAAGCACCAGAAAUAUGAGAUUAUUGUGCUGCUCAACAGAAUCCAACAUGCGCAGAAAUUUAAAAAGGUGCAUGGCAAAGGGAAGGUGGGUGGCCGUUGGAAGUAAAAGCGUGAAAGGAAGAACUCUAAAUCCAAACCAAAGUAAUAAUAAAAUGGCGAGAAGAAGUACAAGAGCGGGAAUCUUAAAUCUGUAGUCCCUACAAGUAUACGGCUUCUCUGAUUGUUUGUUGAUAAUGUAUUUUAAUAAAACAACAUGCUCUCUGUCA